AUGCCCCUCAUCAUCAUAACCGGCCUGCCAACCUCAGGCAAAACAAGCCGCGCCAAACAACUGCACACCUACCUGUCCAAGCGCAUCUCCACCGUCCCCGACACCUCCUCUCCGGGCGCACCCGCCGUUUCUGCGCCACCACCCAAAUACCGCCUGCACUUCAUCUCCGACACGACCCAGUCGAUCUCGCGCGCGGUCUACGACCUGUCGCCGUCGCAGCUUCCCGCGCACGUGCGGUCGGCCAAUGCCUCCGAGAAGGACGCGCGCGCGGCGGUGUAUGCGGCCGUCAAGCGCGUGCUCUCGCCGCGCGACAUCGUCGUGCUCGAUGGGCUCAACUACAUCAAGGGCUGGCGGUACCAGCUGUUCUGCGAGGCCAAGAACGUCAGCACGCCGAGCUGCGUGCUGCAGGUUGGCUGUGCCGUGGACAGGGCGAGAGCGGUGAAUGAGGCGCGGUUGGAGAGGCGGCAGAGGAGGAGAGAAGGGCAGGGAGGGCAGCAGAAUGGAAAUGAGGACGCGGCGGAGAAAAGGAGAAGCGAGGGGGCCGGACAAGAGCAGAAUGAAGAGGAUGAAGAACCCUACGAGCCGUCCAACUGGGAGAAUCUGGUGUUUCGCUACGAGGAGCCCAAUCCCAUGACGAGGUGGGACUCGCCGCUGUUCACGCUGGUCUGGGAGGACGAUGAGGCGCAGACGCGGCAGGUGUUCGACAAGAUAUGGGAUGCCAUUGCCGGCGAGGGGAGGAAGGUGGUGAAGCCGAACCAGUCGACAGUGCAGCGGGACAAAGACCCCGGUGGAGACUAUCUCUAUGUGCUGGAGCGGGAGACGCAGGAUAUUGUUAAGAAAAUCCUGGAGAGGCAGCCGGAUGAGGGCGGCGGGGUCAUCGCCCUGCCAAGGGUUAAUAACGCCGGUGCGGGCGAGGCCGGGGAGGAGUUGGUGGUCGAAUUGCCUGGGAAGAAGGUUGGGUUGCCGCAGCUUCAGAGGUACCGGAGGGCGUUUGUGGCACUUAAUCGAGGAGGCAUCGGCCUGGAGGCGGUCGGGAAGCUAGCGGGGGGUCGGCUGCGCGAGAGCUUCGUGGGGUAUCUGAACGACGCUUUCGAGAAGGACGGCUGA